GCAUGCGCUUUCCUUCACUACGUCGCAAAGGAGGCUAUCGAUUCGACCCUUCUCCGCGCCAUUGCAGAGCAUAAAUAGAGUGGUGCUCGUUCUCGCAGCAUCACGUGUUUGUGACACGCAGGAUUUUUUGGCACGUUUUUCUGCAAUUAUGAGACUCCUUUCCUGAUGCAGUGUAAAAAAACGCCAACUCGUGUUCUUUCUUGGCGCAGUGGUGCAAAAAGUGAAGGCUGCAUUUGUAUGGGAGUUCUCUCACCCCUUAUCGACCCGAAAAGUUGUUGCCAAGCAGUCAUACGUUGGGCUACGUCAUUGCGCGAUGAGAAAAAAAAAAUUUCUAGCUCUUGUGUGUAUAAAUGUCCGAUGUUAAGAUUAGAUGUUGUUUAUGAGGAUGGGAUUGCUGGAGAGGGAAGGCGUGGCCUGGAAGAUCCUCGAAAGUAGCCUGAGGGCUUGACUUUCAGGUCUUCUUCUGUAGUCUCCAGCCCAGGCCCCCCGCCAUACCACACUUGCCACUGGUCUCACCCUUAUUGCUCUCUCGUGCUUCUGCGUACGCUUCUGCACAGUCACUUAUACACGAAGUCUUCGUUGACAUGGCUCCAGAACCGGAUUUGGUUUGGGAUCACAAGAAGAAAUGCCGCAAUGCAUCGGUUCGAAUCGGCGAACGAGUGAAUUACGUGAACAGUCCCCAUGUCAUCGCAAUGCUCUUGAGAUCCAGUACUUUCUUCAAUCGGGAGCAGAAGUAUAUUUAUUGGUUUUCCCGUUUCACAGUUUUCAAUGUUGGAGAGUAUCGCCGUACUGUGACGAAUCGUGAGUACAAGAGCCAUGAUUUCUUCAGCAACGACGAUCCGGAAGCAGCAUCGUUCCGGGCCAGGUGUGCCUUGGACUGCUUGGAGGCCGCUUGCAAGUGGCUCGAACAGGGCGGCGAAGUUGCCGUCUUCGACGCCACUAAUACAACCCGAGAGAGGAGGAAGACCAUCCACGAAAUCGUGGUAGAGAAAAUGGGCUUCAAGCUCUUCUUUGUGGAGUCCAUCUGUGACGAUCCCCAAAUCAUCGACGCCAACAUCCGGGAGGUGAAAGUGAAUAGCCCUGAUUACAAGGAACACCAAAUGGGUAUUGAAGAGCGAACUCAGGACUUCCUGAAGAGGAUUGAGCAUUAUAGAGAAGUUUAUGAAACCCUUGAUGAGAAGGAAGAGAACCAUCUUUCAUUCAUGCAGAUCUUCAACACAGGUGAGAAAGUAUUAGUUCAUCGACACUCUGGCCACAUUCAGAGCCGGGUUGUGUACUAUCUGAUGAACAUUCAUGUCACUCCAAGGACCAUUUAUCUCACACGACACGGGGAGAGUGUGCACAACCUGAAGGGUCGUAUUGGUGGGGAUGCAGAUCUUUCACACAGAGGGCGCCAAUAUGCUCAGUCUCUUGCCAAAUUUGUUGAAAACCAGAACAUUCCAAAUUUGCGUGUCUGGACAUCAUGGAUGAAGCGAACCAUUCAGACAGGUCAACUGAUAGAUGCUCCACAGGAGCGCUGGAAGGCCCUCAAUGAGAUUGAUGCAGGGAUCUGCGAAGAGCUGACAUAUGAAGAGAUUCAAGAUAAGUUUCCAACAGAGUUUGCCUCUCGAGACGGUGACAAGUUUCACUACCGAUACCCCAAAGGAGAGUCAUAUGAAGACUUAGUGGGACGCCUUGAACCAGUGAUCAUGGAGUUGGAGCGUCAAGAGAAUGUGUUGGUGGUGUGUCAUCAGGCUGUCAUGCGUUGUCUUUUGGCAUACUUUAUGGAGAAGUCUCCUGAGGAGCUACCAUACAUGAAGGUCCCACUGCACGCUGUGAUCAAGCUCACUCCGGUGGCCUAUGGAUGUCGUCUGGAAUACAUUCACUUGAACGUUGAAGCAGUUGAUACUCACAGACCUAAGCCUACCGCCUUGAGAACCGGGACAGAGGAGGAUAAUCUCAACAUAAUCACAGUUGAUGUUGGCCUGGGAACAAACCCCAUUGAAGAGGGAGAGAGUGAUGAUGCUUUUGAGGCCCCUGAUGCUUGCAUCCCUGUCAAUUGACCCUGACUUCCAUUUUCAUCAUUUCCAUUUCAUCCAUUUUACCCUUUGAUUCAAGGCAUUCCAGCAGAGCUCUAUGCUCCUUCUGACUCAACCUUUGCCUUCCUGCUUGCUUUCUUAGCUUAAAAAAUACUGACCUGAUCUAUUUUAUCCUUUACCUGGGGAUGUGAUGGUGCAGUAUGUUGCAGAAGGCUUCCAUGUAUUUCUUUGCAUUGUUGAAGAUAUUCUUUACUCCUGCUUUUCAUCCAUUGACUGUGGGACCCAUGACUUGAAGGUCCAAGACAAUAAAAAUGUACAUCCAGCAGUUAC